GGUGUACAGUUUGAUCGCAGCUUCCGAAACCCACCUGCACGUUCGACUUUGAUCUGUCGCAUCUCCUCUAAAGUAAUUGCACUGCUUCAACCGCGUCCAUGAUGCUCGAUUGCAUUUCGAACAAAAAAAACAACAGCUGAAUGCGAUUAGGCUGGUUGGCAAAGCUUCAACUCCAUCUUGAACUCUCUGCACCCACACUACAGCUCUACCGCUGUCGCAGCACCCUCUCAUAAUGGCGGUCAAGUCUGGACCACGAGUUCGUCGCACGGCACAAAAUACCCAGUACACUUAUAACCUCUCCCGCCGGAUCAACACCGUCCAGACGUACCCGGUUCUAUCCCCCCAAGGUGCGACUAUUGUGCUUUACGGACACGAAGAUGGAGUGACUGUUGUAUGGCGUGGGGGUCAGCGCUUCAAGGCAUCAGUCUACGACAAUCCGCCCUCCAUCAAGAGCAAACAGAAUGGCAACCCACCUGACGAUGCCAUAAUGAUCAUCGACUCAGACGAAGAUGAUGCAGGUUCAACCGGAAAAGACGCGGCCUUCGUUGACAAGCCCGAGUUUGAGGACAUGGCAGAUGAGGACUCGGAACACCCCGAGAUCACACAAACAUUGGACCUGUCGCUGGGAACUGCUGUUCUCCACGUCGCGGUUUUGCCCAUGACACCAUGUCCAGCCGAGGAUGCAGGAUGGGAUGGUGUCACUCUUCUCACAGAGAAGGUGGUGUUCGCCGUCUCGUGUGCGACUAGUGAACUCUAUCUCAUCACCUUACCACUUACGCCACCAUCACCCGCAAGCAAGGCAAGAGAGGAUCUACGGAAAACCCUACUGGCGGCGAAGGCAGGCAACAACAAGUGGGGCGAAACAAUGACACUCCUGUCUGGUCAGCAGAAACACAGCAAUGCCCUGGCUAUGACACUUGUCAAGCCGAAACCUGCGUCUGAGCGUAGCAAGUCUUCAGAACGCUCCCAAUCGGCUGGAAGAGCCAUUCCCCGUGUUGUAGUGGCAGCUCACUGCGGUGAAGCGUCCGGCACAUUGCGGUUGUGGGAUGUCCCGCUGGAGAACCAACCGAAGGGUCGACAGGUCGAGCCUUUCCAGACCGAAUUUCUGCCACAGCCUCUGUCUUUGGUCUCCUUCAACCCCACACAUUCUACCCAGUUGCUUUGUAACGCAUCCCCACACGCCGUCAGAAUCUACGACUACGCUACUCCUUCUAUGCCCUCUGAUGAGAUCUCCGAGGGACCCUUUCCUUCCCAAGGGUCGUGGCUUAUCUCCCUCUACCCCCCUUUCGCGCGGCCUUCUUCAUCACGCAAACCUGUACUUGCCGCGUCCUGGAUCGCACACGGCAGAGCCAUCUUAGCACUUCUCGCAGAUGGUCAGUGGGGUAUCUGGGACAUCGAUGGUGUUUCGCCCCAAGGGCCUGCUUUAUUUGGCAAACAGGGCUCCGGAAUCCGUGGCGGCGCUCUCACCUCGUUCAGUGUGAGUGGCUUCAUCGAAGGCACGAGCAUGCUCCGCAAUCCAGGCACUCAUCGAACAUCCGGCACAGGCGCCGAGUUUGUUCCCAUGACCCCGCACACUCGACGCGACGCCCUGAGUGCGUCUACCGGGCCCGAACGACUUGCGGCUAUGAGAGGAGGCAUUACGGUUACCGCGCUCCCUGCUCGUGCAACCACCACUGCGGAUGAGAGUGCUGUCCUCUGGAUUGGCGGCUCUGAGCAUGUCACUGUCAUUCCUGGCUUACUCAAGUUCUGGGAAGCUCAGCUUCGCAAAGGCACCGGCGGAGGCGUCAAUUUAUUCAGUGGAGCCCAGCCAACGCGCAUGAUUCGGCUGAGCGACUUGGCCGUUGGACUCAUGGGUGAGCGAUGUAUUGGAGUAGGCGCAAUGUGCAGGUUUGGAGGGGGUGACGAUCCUGCGAAUGAAGGGCUACCCAUUGAAGUCCUGGUGUGUGGUGAGAGUCGUCUUGUCGUUGUGCACGAAAGCCAAACAGUCGUGGGUACUCGCAUUGGUGGUAUCAUGGGACGCCGGAAGAAGCUGAGUGAGCGGGCAAGGGACAGCAGCGCCAUCAUUGCGUAUCCGCGACCUGAUCAACCCGCAAGCCAGCUGUACAAUCUUUCCAUCAAUCCAAGAAGGAAGCUGAACGAGACUCCGUUGGCAUCCGACAACUUGGCCGACAAAAUCUUGCCGUCCACAGAAGUCGAAGAUGCUCCCGUAGAACAAACUCCGCCACCGCCGCAGCCCAACACGGGGUUCAGUUUUGCGGACAAGCUGGCCGCUGCAGCUGACGAAAUGCAGGAUGAUGAAGAUGAAUCAAGAGAUGUUGAGGUCGAAAUGCUUGACAUCAUGGAGAUCGAUCGCGAACUGGAGGCGAUGGAUUCUGGGAGGGGCAGAGGACGGAAGAAAGUGUUGUUUGAGUCUUGACGCGGUUGGUACCAACAUACCGACCAACUGUUGUCAACGCCUCUAGUUCACAGUCGGAACCCCUAAAGAGCCGACAGCGACCAAAAUGAGGGAUUCAAUUUACAUUUCAUGAUACCCCGUACUGACUUGAAGAUAUCUAGGGUCUGUUCCAGACAGAGAAGAGCAUGAUUGUCUUGUUCUAGUGGUAACCGGCACCUCGUGUUAUUCCAAUC